CUUUUUUGUAAAAAGGGUCGGGCUCGCGAUACACGAUAGAUGGAUGAUGGUGAUUCUGAUCCGGGAACAAAACUAAGAUAAAUUUUGUGUUGUUUGAUCAAACUACAGGGAAAAGACUUCAAAAGGAGUGCCCAUCAUGGCAGAAGAGGAGUCCCAUGGGUUACAGAAUGUGUUUCGUCAUAAAACCCCCACCCCUUUCCAGCCCUUGGUUGUGUUGGAGUUUGCUGCGGGAGCUAAGCAGCCCGCCAUAGAGUGGAUGAUAUCUAAACUGCAAAUGCCAGAGACUGCAGGUGGGGCCGACCUAGAGGUCAGUGCCGUGGUGAUGACCUACAAACAAGUAAGUCAAAAGCAAACUGUGCUGUACGUGGGAGCGAAGGCUAGCCGUUUACUGACAGCUGCCGACAUGAUGGGACUGUCUAAGAUGUACAAAGAUGGCCGCCACCGGGAAUUCUCCAUUGAAGACAUGGACAAUUUCAAGGGGAUUGAGGACCCUGAGAGUUUCCUGACAACGGCAGAAAAACAGAAGCUGAUUCUCCACGAGAUUGAGGCGGUACGUGCGGGAGAGGAGGAGGAUCAUAUCCCCGGAUACGAUAAAAUUACACUGUGGACCGGAAAGAGCAUCUUGAAGAAAUACUUAAGUCGUGACAUCAUCACCAAGAUGUACCCAUUACAUGAACCUGAGGAACUGAAAAAACUCGGGGCAGACUGGUAUCAACUGAGUCGUGUGUUCAAGGAACAGCCCAUAGAUGAUAUACGACACUACUUUGGAGAGAAGAUAGGUCUGUAUUUUGCUUUCCUGGGUUACUACACCAUUGCUCUGAUUCCUCCAGCUUUCAUUGGGAUUAUCUACUUCAUCACGUCCUGGCAGAGCAUGUACAGGGAAGCCAUAUUUGCCGUCUUUAAUCUAAUCUGGGCCACUAUUUUUCUAGAAGUCUGGAAGCGUUAUUGCUCUGAACUCUCGUAUCGCUGGGGCACCAUUGACAUGGUGUCCUCUAGAUACGACGAACCGAGGGCUAAUUACUACGGAACCCUCGGGGAGAACCCUGUGACAGGAAAACCAGAACCAGUUUAUCCAAAAUGGAAGCGUAAUGUCCGAUUUUACUGUGUUACAGUUCCCGUCAUCUCAUUGGCCCUCGCAAUCGCUUUCUACCUCAUGUUGGUGUAUUUUGCCAUGGAGGACUGGGCAUUAAAGAUGUAUUCUUCAGAGAAAUCUUGGCUGAACUUCUUAGUGUUGCACGUCCCUACAGCUAUCUAUGCAAUAGUAAUUGUUGUUCUGAAUGCACUUUACAGGAAGUUGGCAAAGAAACUCAAUGACUGGGAAAAUCAUAGAUUACAGUCAGCAUAUGAUAAUCAUUUAAUUGUCAAACUUAUCCUGUUUGACUUUGUGAACUGCUUUAUUUCACUAUUUUACGUGGCCUUCUACCUCCAAGACAUGGUCUUAUUAAGAAGUCACUUGGCGGGCCUACUCAUCACCCAGCAAGUGAUUGGUCAGAUUCAGGAGGCCAUGGUACCGUUUGUCUUCCUGAAGCGACGGAAAAAACAAGUGGACAACUUGAUGAAGAAACAGGACGCCCUACAGAAAGUGGAGUAUUUCAAUGGAGAGAUAGACGAGGAGGUUCAGAAACAGGCAGGGGUGGAGAGCGAGAUGGAGGAAUACCUGGGUACGAUGGACGACUAUUUAGAGAUGUUUCUACAGUUUGGUUACGUGUUCCUCUUCUCCUCUGCUUUCCCUCUGGCUGCAUUGUGGGCUUUCCUAAACAACAUCACAGAAAUUCGCUCAGAUGCCUUCAAGAUGGUCCGAGUCUUCCAGAGACCCUUCGCAGAGUCUGCUUCUAGUAUUGGAGCCUGGCAGGUGGCUUUUGAGUUGAUCAGCAUUAUGGCCGUGAUGACAAACUGUGCAUUGAUUGGGAUGAACCCGGAGGUCAAAAAGCUCCUACCCACGGACAUCACACCAGUCAACAUUGUCCUUAUAUUCGUAGCAGUGGAGCACAUUAUUCUAGCCAUCAAGGUAGCCGUAGCCAUCUUAAUACCAGACCAGCCUCAUUGGGUGGAGAUUGAACUUGCCAAAACAGCGUAUCAGUCCAAGCUAGCUCUCCAAGAAAAGCACCUGCACAAAUCUCCAGCAGACAAGGAAAAGAUUGAUGCUGUUCUAAAAGGAAAGAAACAAAGUUAAUUAAACAAUCCAGAAAAUUGAAAAUAUGAAUUUCAAGAAAAGACAAUUCUGGAGAUUGCAGCUGCCUAACAGUCUUUCUUGUACCUGUUAUCAUGAUAUACAUGUACUUUUAAAGUGUCAUUUCUGAAAAAAUAUCCAUGGGUUUGGGGACUUUAUAACACCUGAAACAUUAUUUUAAUGUACUGUUUUAUGAAAUCACUUUGCUCUUACAAUCUCAGUUCUUCAGAUUUUUUUUUUAAUUUUUUUUUUUACAAACCUAUAAUUUGAUUGACCAAUGGGCAAUGUUGCCUAAGCUUUCACUAGAUCUGUUUGUGGACAGGGUAAAACUGGUCCUAGCUAGUCCAGUAAUAAUUACAUGUACCAACACAGCUUAUUGAGAUCUCUCAGAAAGUUUUUUUAACUUGGAUAUUUUACCACUGUCAUUUUAUUCAAAGUGAGUGUUCAUCAGUUGAUGUAAAAAUAGACGCUUGUUCAACACAUUUUUUUUGUUCCCAAUAAAUGUGUCUCCUGUGGUAUAUAUAAUAUUGUGAUAUUUAAUUUUCUGUCUGAUGUUAAGUGGGGUAAAUCUCUUUCAAGAACCGUUUUCAGUUAUCUUUGCUCAUUUUUAGGGGACUCCUUUUAUCAUGUGGCAGUAAAACCCUUUUUGAAGGUUUUGUAUAGUAAAUUUAUGUACAUGUAUAAUAUGUGUAAUGUUUAGUAUUACAUGACAAUUGUUAAAACAUGUAUGUACAAGAUAUAUUUAUACAGGUGUUAUUUUGUUAGCAAGGGGAUUAUUAAGGUGCAAUUUACUUAUGUAAUGUAUGUAUUAAACUUAGUUCCUAUCUUAUUUACAGUUGCUGCAAUACUGUCAUUAUAUGAGGUAUUUUAUGUAUACACUAGUAUAUGUCUCAUAUGUUCAUAUUUCUCUGUUCACUCAUAUAAAAAAAAUUUCUUUAAUGCACAUUAUGAUUUUCCACAAGGAAUGCAUUCUGCUUUAGGUAAAUGCCAAGAGUUUUAGAACAUCUUGCAAGGCAAAAUUUGUCAAAAAUGACAUCUUGUCAAAGUUAUGAAAGAAUACAAAUAUUUUAUUAAGAGUUAUCUAUCUUAUCAGAGUAUUAAUGAACCUUAAUAUGUUUGUAUGUGGUGAAGAUACACAUAUUAACAUCCAGUAAAGUUUACUGUAAAUAUAUAGCAAGAUACCAAAAAAACAUCACCUUUUUCAUUACAAUUACCAAAUUCACACAUUGUCCAAAUUUUUUAUGUGCUGAUUAAGAAUUUUAUAUAUAAAUUUGUGAAAAAUUCUAGCAUUAGUAAAACUUUUUGUUACAGGAUAUUUCCUUCAUUUGUCAGGUUGGUUGUAUCAGAUUUUUUUCUAAAUUUUUUUUUUCAAAGAAAUUUUUUUUAACUUGAAAAAUUAAGUGAAAUGAAAUGAUUCAGAAUUGUUUGUUAGAAGUGUUGUAAGUGGGGGAUUUAUGUGCAGAAAUACAUAAAACCAAAUGAACCUGGCAACAGUGUGUAAAUAAGCUGGAAGCAGAUAAAACAAAUAAGCGAUGUAUGAACUUUUUGAUUUUCUCUCUCCUACAAGUUAAUUGAUGUAUUAUUUUGUAUGUGUGUACUGGAAUGUUAUACAAUUCUUUGUAGUAGGUUUAUAUAUUUUGUUAUAGCUUAUUUUAAUAUUAGUUUUAACACAUUAUUGUGUUACAUUUACUUGCAUUUGAUAAAUAAAAUGUUAAUUUAAA